UCUCCCGACUGUUGCGAGGAAGAAGAAGAAACAAUGGCAAGAACCAAGCAGACUGCUCGUAAAUCCACCGGAGGCAAAGCUCCCAGGAAGCAGCUGGCCACCAAGGCUGCCCGUAAGAGCGCCCCGGCCACCGGCGGAGUGAAGAAGCCUCACCGUUACAGGCCCGGUACCGUGGCUCUCCGAGAGAUCCGUCGCUACCAGAAAUCCACCGAGCUGCUCAUCCGCAAGCUGCCCUUCCAGCGCCUGGUCCGAGAAAUCGCUCAGGACUUCAAGACCGACCUGCGCUUCCAGAGCUCCGCUGUCAUGGCUCUGCAGGAGUCCAGCGAGGCUUACCUGGUCGGCCUCUUCGAGGACACCAACCUGUGCGCCAUCCACGCCAAGAGGGUCACCAUCAUGCCCAAAGACAUCCAGCUGGCCCGCCGCAUCCGCGGAGAGCGCAGCCCCUCACUUCUCUACACAGAGCUGCUUCCUUUGUUUCCGCCAACUCUUUCUCCAUAUUUAACAAUUUUCUCUGCUUGUCCCCUGAAUGAUAUUUACUCGAUGUUUAAAAGUUGUUCAAUUUUAGCAACCGAUUAUUAUAAUUAGAGUUCAACAUAAUUCAUACGUGGCGCAUUUAAAUCAUCAGGUUCAAAACUCAGUAGUCCUACAACAGCAUUAUCAUACCUCACGUGAAUCACGUUUCUCAACACCCUUAUUUCCUUAACCCUUUAAUCCCCCAGACGAUCUCGCUGAGGUCCGAUUUUAUGUCGCGUUUCACACGGAGUUGAUUCUCUCACACUUGAGAACUCCAACUUCUUUAAUAUAGCCUCAACUUUACCCCUUGUUGAUUACAUUGUUUUCCCCACCGCUGCUUUAAAGAGAUGCCUGGCACAAUGAACAACAUGCGUAUGUGCAAGUACACAUUUAUACUUACCCAGUUCAGUCGCAAGCAUGCAUUCAAGAAAGGAUGAUGACUAUCAUUAUUGGUAAUAAUAAACGAUUUCAAAUUUAAAAAGGUGAAUUUAGUCAGCCAUUUCGAUAUUUCAAGUGUGAGAUAUGAUUCAUGUAAAUAACAACUUGCAGUGGGCUCAAUGUAUUAUUUGGGCGUUUGAAUAUAGUUUCUUAAUUUAUCCGUUUGAAAGAAAAAAGGGUUUUUUGUUGUUUUUCUUCGUUUGGUUAAAUAUAGUUUAUGGAGGAAAUUCCGACCUCCUGCUGGAACGCAGCAUCAUUACACAAACUGUCCGCGACUCACAGCAAGAGUGGGUCCACUUGAUUACUAACCGGGCAUACCCUGGUGUUGCAUCAGCUGGGU